AUGAAAGGUUCUUCUAUGGUUGCUAAUGUCCACAAUAUUUUCUUUUCUCCUUCAUUGAUUAGUCCUAACCAUCAUGAUCAAGGCCAUGUAACUUUGAAACCAUUGUUGGGAAAAGGGAAAGCUUCUUGCCCAAAACAUGUUGGUUGUGUUGUUAAGCAACAAAAGGGUAAAAGUGGGAUAGUAAGAGAGAUGGAGAGAGAGCUUGAAGAUGAGAUUGAUGAAGAAAAGGGCAAGGGUAAGGGUAAUAGUGGAAUGAUGAGGUUUAGAGAAAAGUGUGGAGGAGAAAGGAAAGGAGUUGUGGAGUUGUUGGAGUGUUUGGAAAAGGAAGCAAUAAUGGGGGAUGAUGUUGGGAAAGAAGCUAAUGAUUAUAAUAGAAGGGCUAAGAUAUUUGAUAGAAGCUCUAGAGUGUUCCAAGCUCUCAAAGAAUUUGAUGAUCAUGCUUGA